UGGGCUUCACCUUUCAUGUGUAAGUGACCGACUGUACGUAACAUAUUCUGUUAACCCCGGAUUUGACUCCUUGUCGCGUCCCGUUGCACGACUUUUCUACUUCCACCUCCCUAUCCCAUCUAAUUCGUUUGGUCGCUCCUUUCUACCUGGCUCCCUAAUAUUUACCUGCCUUCUACCCUCCGAGACUCCCUUAGUUCGGUUCCGCCCAUCCCGAACCACUUAGGCCGUGGUCCCUGAUCCCACCCUCCACCACUUGCCACUCUUCGAAUUGGAAACAUCGGUGGCCUCGAGGGAUUUUUCAUUUAAAAGUACCUUGAAGGAGUACCGACAAGGACGAAAUCAUACCCUUCAUCAGCUGCAAGAAUGAAGUUACGAAGAUCGCACCUACAGCUUGUCCUUUUCUUACCCCUAGCUCAACUUUCCUUCGCGCUCGAUACCCCCGAACCCGAUUCUACCGCCCUGGUCCCUAGAGAAGCGGGAAAUGGAAUAGACGCAAACGCUGUGCUGAAUGUCCAAGCAACCAUUUCACCGUCCAAGCCGGACGUUGGCACAAAGGAUGCGCCUGUCGACGGGUUAGAUGGGAAGCCACAUGCAGGGCCCUACAUCGACAAGCAAAAGAAGCCAAAACCGGGGGUGGAAGACAUAGGACCAAAGCCAGCAUCAGCACCCGAAAGCGUCAACCAGAAACUGGCCGAAGAAACGUGGAAGCUUGGGCCGGAGAAUGAUGGGGUGAUGUUUCAUCGGGAUCCGAGUCCAGAGGGCCCAACUGGCACCGAAGGAGGGGUCUCGAAGAAGGACAAGGAGCGAAAAGAGAAAGAGGACAAAUCGGGGGAGAGGUCGGGGAGGAAGCCAGAUCCUCCCAAGGAAGCACCACCGCUACCGGUGCACGAAGAGGAGGUGAUUGGAAAGGAGACGACGGUCAAACUUUCCGAGGACAAGGAGAAGCCCAAGGAGAAACCCAAGGGCGCCACUGGACUGGAGAAGCCAGCCGAUCUCCCAGAUAAGCCCCACGAUAUCCCCCACCCCGACCCUCCAACAUUACCGAAGAGUGACAAUGCCAUCAACUCCGACACCAAGCCAGCCACCACGAAACCGUUCCGGCCUCCGACAGCCGCAUCCGGCGACGACGACGAGGGCAUAAUCCAACCUCUCCACUCCUUCAUCCUCUCCCUCACCAUGAUCAUCUUCUCCGAAAUCGGGGACAAGACCUUCCUGGUCGCCGCCUUAAUGGCCAUGCGCCAUCCGCGCAUGGUCGUCUUCUCCGCCGCCCUCUCGGCGCUCACCGCAAUGACUAUCCUCUCCGCCGUGCUGGGCCAUGCCGUGCCCACCCUCCUAUCCAAACGGCUAACGUCCCUCCUCGCUACCAUUCUGUUCCUCGUCUUCGGCGUGCGUCUCCUCCGCGAAGGUCUCGCCAUGUCCCCCGACGAGGGCGUCGGCGAAGAGAUGAAAGAGGUGGAAAUGGAACUUGAGGAGAAAGAGCACCUCGCCAGGCGGAGCACCCGCCGGCCUUCGGAAAUUUCACCAUAUGCGCUGGAAUCCGGUCGAGGCCGACGAAGCGAAUCGAUCCGCCUCCCCACCCAUCCUCGAUCGCCCUCCUCCUCCCCCUCUCGCUCCCCUUCGCCCAGCCCCCGCGGUCUCCGCGGGUCCGUCGUGUCCGCCUUCAGCGGCCUGAACAAUCUGCUAGGGUUGCUUCUGUCCCCUGCCUGGGUGCAGACGUUCAUCAUGACCUUCCUUGGCGAGUGGGGCGAUCGGUCGCAGAUUGCUACAAUUGCCAUGGCGGCUGGGCAGGAUUAUUGGUGGGUCACGGGCGGUGCGAUCAUUGGCCAUGCGGCUUGUACCGCUGCGGCUGUUAUUGGAGGACGGGCGAUCGCGGGGAAGGUUAGCAUGAGAGUUGUUACUCUUGGAGGGGCUACGGCGUUCAUCGUAUUCGGUCUGAUCUAUCUCGUGGAGACCGCGUAUUCAGGCUAAGCCACGACUCUCGUUACCGCUAUCCGCCACCAAAACCAUGCAUCGCAACACGGGGUACACUAGAUGGACGGAGGGCAGCUAAUCCUUAAUUUGUCUAGGACUGCCGGGGUCCUUUUUGGGAGUUACAUACGGCUGUUGGUGAAGGUUGAUCUUUCUCCCCAUCAGGUGCAUAUGGUCAGGAAAAAUAGGCCUCGACGGCCACUGUAAAAUAGGUAUAUGUAAUGAAUAGCGAUAUGUCGGGCCUCUUGCGAUGUUCAGGGCGCG